GGCAGACGCGCCGCGGGGGCUUGGCGAGGGCAUUCCCUGCCGGAGGAUCCCAGCCUUCAUCCACACCGUUCCCCAUAGUUUUAGGGAUGGGGUCAUCAGCACAGGCUUCAAGACGUUGCCUACAUCAGUGUGGUUUCCUUCGUGUGUGUGAGCCACUAACUCGGUGCCCAGCACACCUUGUCCUGCAGACCCAAGUUAACACAUCUCAGGGCCACGCUGUGCUAUAUUUAAAGCCGGAUCCCGACAGCAGGAGGGUUAAAAAUAGCAAAGGCAGCACCGAGGUUAUAAAUAGUGCUCAGGUCCAGCCCGACUUGGGGUCACCAACACAGCACAACGCAACUCCACCAACCGCACUCGUGACUGCAGCGCUCGGCUCAACCCGCUCCUCCUGCAGGUGACACAGCUGUCCCCAGCAGGACUGCAGCAGUGCAAGCAGCGGCCGCAGACAGUGCCUGGGGGCAGCCUGGAACCGGUGGGACCACGGGAUGUGCUCAGGGCAGGCAGCUCUCAGACAUCUGAGUUUCCCACGAAGGGCAGAAAGCCCAGCUGCAGGGUUCCCAUGGGAGGAUGCAGACCUCAGCUGGCCCUGAGCGAUGGGAGCAGGAUGUGUACCCAAGGGAUCAAGCUCCCCAUCCCUAGAGCAAAUAGGUUCUGGACCUUUUUUUAAAGGCCUCCAAUCACUGCGUGCCAGAAAAGUGGCAAUGAAGUGGUGCUGGGGACACAGAGGUCCCAUGCAGUGCUGAGCCCCCUCCUCACGAGCCCAUGACACGGCCAUGGCUCGGAGUCCCAAGCACAGCACCCACACCACAACCGUGCUAAGGAAGCAGCAGUAAUUUCCCAGCCUUGCCCCCUCAUAUCCUUCUUGGUAACAAAGCAAGCAGAUGAGCGAGAGAUUAGUCACUAAUCCCCCCAUGAGGAUGAAUCUAAAAAGCUGGACCUUGGGUCCAUGUAUGCGGCUGGGCAGGAACAGAUGGGAAGUAAGUGUCAUCAGAAGGUUACUGCUUUCCUCCUUUCCUUUUUCCCCUAUCUUCUUUACAGCAGGAUACUUUCUGGCAGCAACGCUGUUCCCCCAGUGACAUCCCAGCUCUGCCUCCAUCCCAUCUCCCCCGGAUAACCCCUGGGAGUGGCUGCUCGGAGCACAAAUGUUUGCAAAGCGCUUUUGAGGAUGAGGAGGAGGGUAUAAAGUCCGGCCUCAUUGCAACACGGAAACUUUCCAGGAUCUCUGCCUCCUGGAGCAGGGACCCAGCACACAGAGCAGCCUCUGGGCCACUGCUCCUCCACGGGAGCCCCAGGGACAGCUGUCAGCACCUCUCAUGCUGUUUAUUUAAGGGCUGGAGGAGGGCUGGGGCCUUAAAUCCCCCUGGGAAGAACCCAGGCACCACAUGCUCUGCCCACAGCCCCUCUCCCCUGCCAAACCUGCAGCUGUUCUUGCCAACUCUCUCCUCGGGGAUCCUGAGGCUCAGGGGAUUUGCGUGCUUCUUGCUUAACCCUCCUGUGUACGGCACGGAGAGGCAGCACCCACUGCAGCCUCCGAGAUGGGUUUGCCUUGAAGCAAUGCUGCCCACACAGGGAGACAAAACCCUUUGUUUCUUGGAGACGUCCUCUCCCAGGAGCCAGCCCAGAGCAUCCCCCAGUUUGCAGGAACGGGGCGGUUGGUGACACACACAGAGCAGGGCCAUGCAAAAGCGCUGCACUCAAUGGAGCAGCGGAGGAGAAGGAGCAGAGAGUGGGGCCGACGAUGGCUUUCAGAGCAGCUUUGCUGUCUGUUGCACCCAGUUUUUCCUGCCUAGCCAGCGGUGCCUUCUUCUAUCGCAGCAGAACCAACAAGACACGAAAAUGAUCGAGGCCACACCCAGGAAUUAGAGGUAUAAGCCUGAAUUUCCCCCCACACAACUCCUCUGAAAGGCAGGAACAAACAGCAGCGCUCUGACCGUGACCGCCAACUGAAACGGUGCGUUCAUGGAAAUCCACGCCACAAAUACACAGCUCCAAAAGUGUUAAUGCCAAAAGCCUUCUGCUCACCUCAGCUUAUCUCAGCCCCAGCAGCGGAGCCAGCACACAGCUUGCAGGAGUGGUGUGAGCAUGGCGUGGAGCUGCAACGCAAGGCUCCAGGUGGGCGCGAUGCUGCUGGCGCUCUUCGGGUGGGUCUCGUCCUGCGUCACCACCUUUGUGCCUCUCUGGAAGAACUUCAACCUGGACUUGAAUGAACUGGAGAUCUGGACCAUGGGGCUGUGGCAGGUGUGCAUCAUGCAGGAGGAGGGGGCCACGGAGUGCAAAGCCCACGACUCCUUUCUCGCCCUGCCGCUGGAGCUGCGCGUGUCCCGCGUCCUGAUGUGCCUCUCCAACGGGCUGGGGCUCCUGGCACUCCUCUUUGCCAGCGUGGGCUUGGACUGCUGGAAGACAUGCGAAGGAAAACCCGAUGCCAAGAAACAGCUGCUGCUCGCUGGAGGGGCGGCGUUCGGCGCGGCGGGGAUCACCACUCUUGUGCCCGUCUCCUGGGUCGCCUACACCACAGUCCUUGAGUUCUGGGAUGAAGCCGUUCCCGACAUCGUCCCGCGGUGGGAGUUUGGUGAGGCGAUGUUCCUGGGGUGGUUCGCUGGGUCCUUCCUCGCGGCAGGUGGGUUGCUUCUUAUCUACAGCACCUGCCUGAGCCGGACUGGGACGCCCGCUGCACCUCCGGCUACCCGCCCGCUGCGGCCAGUGACACACAGCCCAGCCACGAUGUCACCGUGGAGCCACCACUCACACCCCAAAAACGCUGACCUGGUAAUCUGAGACUGCGGAUUUCGGCUGUUCGGAUUUCAGAGACGGUUCUCACACGUUAAGGGAUGAUUUGCUGAUUCCUAAGACUGUUCACUGCAGCUUGGUUUUCUUCCAUCUGUGUCUGUCUGCUCCACUUUUUGGUUUUUUUUUCCCCUUUUUUUCCCAAGCAACACUUGCAAACCGAGCCCAGUGUUGUAAGCCAAGAAGGCAAACACAGCAGUAAAGAGCACUUUGCAUUUCUGGCUACAUUUGCAGUAUACUCACUCACUGAUUACACUGUGCUGGCAUUCCCCGGGAAGCCCCAAUGGUUGGGAAUGUAAUCGCUGUAAGACCUCUGUCCGCGCUGAAAAGCUCCUUCCUUGAAUGUCCAUUUGACUUUGAUGUAUUCUAAAUAAAUUAUUUCA